UCCGACAUAACAUCAGGCGUAUCGGCGUAUAGUACUGUCAAAAUUUGUACUUUAGAUCUUGCAGACUCCUGGGCCGAUCGGCUAUAUGAGACAGAGCCCAACCCUUACAUCUGCUUGGAGGAAUUGGAGGAUCAUGGUCCGUGACCUCAAAUAACCCCAAGAUGGCGUCGCAAAAGCGUAAAAAUUUCCGUCGUCGCCGCGAUUCCAGUGACGAAGAAGACGAAUCUGUGCAGGAAGUGAGUUCGAUUCUGGAGGAGGCGAAGGAAGCUCAGAAAUUUCGACAGCGACCUAAAGGAGUCAGUGCGACAGCCUUGGCUCUGGGAAAGAAGCUUUCAGGAAAUGCUGCUCUCGUUAAUGACCCCUUCAAGUUAAGGACUGGAGGAAUGGUGGACAUGAAAGCCAUCAAAGACAGAAACAGAGACAGGACAGGAGAAGAAGAUGACAAAGACCUGUCAGACUUGGGAACAUCCUUCUCAGCCGAGACCAACACCAGAGAUGAACAUGCGGAAAUGAUGAAGUACAUUGAAGUGGAAAUGAAGAAAAGGAAAGGCCAAGAAAAGGAAAAGGAGGCUAGCCAAGCAAAGAUAAAAGGAGCUGAAGACUUGCUGUAUGAACUACCAGACAGAUUAAAGGCUGCCACAUCUACCAGGUCCGAGGAGAUGUUGUCCAAUCAGAUGCUGAGCGGGAUACCGGAGGUGGAUCUUGGGAUACAAGAGAAGAUAAGGAAUAUUGAAGCCACUGAAGAUGCCAAGCAGAGACUUCAGGAGCAGAUGAGGAAGAAAAGGGACAAGGGAACAUCCUUUGUACCUGUCAACAUGGCUGUCAACUAUGUACAGCACAACAGAUUUUACCGUGAGGACACCGAGACCAAGAAGGUGGUGAAGCAAGAGGCACCCAAACCACGCCCACUUAAAGUGGGGGACACUGAGCCCCCCAUCAUGGAAGAAACAUCUCAGACAAAGAAGAGGCCAGGUGAAAGAGCUACAGAUGACUUCCACUUUGAGAAGUUCAAGAAACAGAUGACAAGACGAUUCUAGCAGAAAUUCCCAUGUCUCCUAUAAUUCUUUCUAAAUAUUCAGAACUUCAAAUUUACAUACUCAGCAUCUUUGAACACUUGUGCAUAUGUUUCUAAUUAAUUCUUAAAGUUAGGCCUAGGAAACAAAAUGUUGUGUUUCCUGUUUCCCUACCUACCCUACAAAAACCUACCGACCGUAGACUUUAGGUUUUGGGUAGGCAGUGGA